AUGACAUAUGACGAAUUGUCACAGGCUAUAUCGGAGUCGUACUUGCAUUUAUCAAACGAUGACACCAAUGACUUUACUGGAACAUCUAACGAGUCGCGAGAUAUAACGGUUGAAAACGGGUAUGAUACGUCGACGUUGAUGCGGUUGGCGAGAGCGAUCGAUGAACAGCAGCACAGGGCCGAACGAAGUGGGAUACGAACAGAGCAAGAGAAUGAGUCUCCUGAAAUUAAGAAAUUUAAGAACCGGGCGAAUGGAGGUGGGCAGGGGGCCCCAGGGUUGCAGGGAAGAUCGUUUAUCUCUUCUCAUUCGACUCCACUAGUAUCUAAACAGAGUAGUUCUAGUAUGAGACAGGUCAGAAACCGAAACAGUUCACUUUCAGAUGUCGAAGAGACAAAAGACAAUUCUAGUAUUAUUGAGAGAAAUGGCAAAACUGAUAAAGAUGCGGCGAUGAGCGAGUUGCGUCAUAUGAUUGAGUCGUUGUCCCUUGAGGAACUAGAAGAGUUUAAAAAACCCAUUGAAACGCUUAUAACAAAGACCAGACAACAAGAAUCCAAAUCUCCCCACCAAUCACACCGUCAAUAUCAUUCCAAGAAUAAUAGUGAUAUGUACGUGACACCGAAGCGGUCUUACAUCAAUGCAUUGAGCAGUGAUUCGGGUUCAAGUGGAGAUGACGACGAUGAUAGACUAAGCUUGACACACACAAAUACAAAUGGUAGCUUUCUAUGCAAGAAGGGUUCAAGAAUCUCACACAAUGGCCCAAUUAGUGAUAAACCGAACUUAAAAAUGUAUAUGAACUCGAGCUACGAGGAAAGAGUUAAACUGCCGUCACAUGAACAACAUAAGAAUUCAACUCAUAUUAAACAUCCUCAUCAUGCUAACAAUGAGAGAAUUCCAAGCGUUGACGAAAUAGAAAAUGAGCUCGACUCGGCCAUUACAACACCACCACAUUCACAAGAAUAUGCUAAUGCUAAAAAUGAAUCAUACGAUCCGCAAUCUAUGAAUAAAAGUAUUCUUGCAAAUUCUGAUCACAGUGAUAUUGAAUAUUCCCUCAAUGAUACUAGUUAUAUACCCAGACGAUCCAUCAACAAACAAAGACCCAGACAUCAUCAGGAUGCUGAGACUAUAUCGAAAAUGAAGAUUAAUGACAGCCAAAACGAACGACUUCAAUUAGAAGUUGAGCAAUUAAAGAAGCAAAAUCUUAAUUUACAAAUUAAACUAAACGAACUUGAAAUUAAACUAAGUGAAAGAGAACCUAAUGCAAUUGAUAAUGACGAAACAUCUUCCCAUGACAACAGCUUUGUAUUCAAUGAUACCGCUAACCAAGACUCUCAUGAGAAAAUUGACGAACUAACUGCAGCUAACAAUCAAUUGAAUUUGCAGCUAGCCAACUCCAAGAGCCAUACAAACGAACUAAGCAAUGAGAUCAGGUAUCUAAAGAAUAAGCUUACCACCCACAACAAUGCAGAAAAUCUCACGCUGAAGAUAUCAGAACUUGAAUCUCAAGUCAAAUCAUUGCAAGGUCAGAUUGGCAACACCAACAACCUCAUAACCCAAGAUUCUAUACUGAAUGACUACAAGCAGUUUUAUACGAAGCUACAAUUGAACCAAGUGGAUAAGCUAACGAAGAUUGAGAUGUCAAACUUAAUUAAAAACCUUAUGUUGUCCCUCUUGAUUACAGACUUCGAGCACUUGCCAAUGGUUUCAUCUAAAAUAGGCAAGUUUUUCAAAAUAAUUAGCUUGUUCAUGGACCAGCUACAUAGCAUGGUAUACGAUGACUCUUCCACAGCUGUCAGACCUUCACAUUACUUAAAAAAUCAUGAAUACGGUAUGACUGAAUUACAAAGCUGUUUAGACGGAAUGCUAGAAACCUUGCUGCAUCCAACUCGAUUACCUACGUGA